AGAGAGAAACCUAUACUUACAGAGCGAGAAACACACACACACACACACUGUGUGAAAGAGAGAGACUCUAUGUAUGUGAGAGAUAGAGAUAUGCGAGUCGUGUGCAUCUCCUUUUUUGUCACAGCCUUUUAUUUAAAUCAUCACCAUUUUUAUUAUUAAUCCUGUUUCUUACUUUAUACAUAUCCUGAUGUGAUGUUCUUCGAUUACUGUCUCAUUUCUUGUUUCAUUUCCGAUGCGUCUAUAAUUGUUGUUGUUUACUCUUAAUCGGUGAAACAAAACAAUUUGUAAUUGUUAUAUGAAUAUGAGUUCGAUUAAUCAGAGCGUUGAGACCGUUAACGCUGCUGCAACCGCUAUCAUUUCUGCAGAAUCUCGUGUUCAACCGACUUCCGUACAGAAGAGAAGAUGGGGCGGAUGUUGGAGUCUAUACUCGUGUUUCGGGUCUUACAAACACAGCAAACAAAUCAGUCACGCGCUCUUGGCGCCUGAGUCAGCGCCACCUGGACCAGCACCGUCAUCCGCGACUCAGAAUCUGAACAAUAACGCGAUAAUUUUUCCGUUUAUCGCUCCACCAUCCUCUCCUGCGUCUUUUCUCCAAUCCGAUCCACCCUCUGCCUCGUAUUCACCCGUAGGGUUACUUUCGUUUAAAUCGCUUUCUCAAAACCCCAACUCACAAGGAGUUAAUUCGUCUUCGAUUUUCACCGUUGGUCCUUACGCUUACGAGACACAAUUAGUUUCACCACCUGUGUUUUCUACAUACACUACCGAACCAUCUACCGCUUCUUUUACGCCACCACCUGAAUCCGUACAUGCCACCACACCUUCUUCACCCGAAGUCCCGUUUGCACAGCUGCUGACGUCAUCUCUCGCAAGGGCCCGGAGACACAGUAUGGGGUCAAACCAAAAGUUUCCGUUUUCACAGUAUGAAUUCCAGCCGUACACGGGAAGUCCAGGUGGCGGCGUGAUGUCACCGGGGUCAACAAUUCCUAAUUCCGGGACGUCGUCUCCGUUUCCGGAUAAGCAACAUCGUGUUCUAAAGUUACGAGUCGGUGAUGAUCCGAAGUUCAUCGGUUACGAGUAUUUCUCGACGCGUAAGUGGGGUUCGAGAUUAGGUUCCGAAUCUGGAACACCGAAUGGUGUUUCGGGUUCGGCAACUCCGUACGGGUACGGGUUGGGCUCGAGAGUCGGUUCGGGAUCGUUAACCCCGAACGGCGGGGGAGAAAUGUACCUAAUGGAAAGUCAAAUAUCUGAGGUGGCAUCACUUGCCAACUCAGCAACCAGUUCUCCGAAACGGGAAAUUUUAGUUGAUCACAGGGUCUCGUUUGAGUUGACGAAUUUAGAUGUCAUUAGCGGUGUGGCAAACAAUCUAGAAGCUUCGUUUAGAACGUCAUCCGGGCGUAAAACAAUUUCAAACAAGACCGAGAAUCUUUGCGAAUAUUGUGUCAACAAGAAAAACUCGGGUGAAAUACUCGAGGCGUUAAAGGAGAAAGAAUGUCAGUGUAAACGAGCAUCGGUUAGUAGGGAUUUCAAUUUUGACAACACAAAUGGUGUCGAGUUGGGGUCUCAAAACAACUGGACCUUUUUCCCUACGUUGCAGCCCUCGGUUAAACCGAGCUGAGGUUAGUAACGAUAUGGUUGGUUGAAUAGGUGGCAUGAACCGAGACCAACCGAUCAUGUAAACUCGUUGUUGUAUGUAAUCUAUAUAUACGUAUGCAUGUAGAUUAGUUCCGAGUUAGUCCAUCUUUUACAUGUAUUAUGAAUUUUAAAAUAGAAAGAGUUAAAUCUGUUAAUGGUAAUGGAAAGAUGAGACCAAAAUUUUAGAGAUCUUUCAUCUGAA